GCAGCUCUCGGAGUCGUUCGGAAACAUUCGGAGACGUUCGCCGGACCGGUAGCGUGCAGGCUUCUGAACAUCAUGGCGUCAGGAACGGGAGAGUCGUCCGGCGGACACGAUCCAGAACUGGACGAAUUGUUGGACAGUGCAUUGGAUGAUUUUGACAAAGCAUCUGCAGCUUCGGCGCCUGAGCCGGCGGCUGCUUCAUCGUCUGCCAGCAGCGCUGCUGAGAAGCCUCCUCUAUUGGAGGACAACAAACUUUUUGAGACUCUCUUUGAGGGGGACAUGGCGGCCCAGGCCAAGGAAGAGUGGGAGAAGGCCAUGACGGAGCUGGCCCAGGAGGAACCAGAACUCCUGCAGCACUUCCACAAACUAUCGGAGGCAGCGGGAAAAGUUGGUACUGACACUGCCUCCCAGCAAGAGUUCACCUCCUGUCUCAAAGAAACGCUUCGAGGCCUCGCCAAGAACGCAGACAACCUGCAGUCGUCGGGGCUAGCCGGGGAUGACCUGGUGAAAGCGCUGGAAGGUCUGGGCCUGGAUGAAGGAGGGGAAGGAGGAGGCGAAGAUGGCAACAUCCUCCCCAUCAUGCAGUCCAUCAUGCAGAACCUCCUCUCUAAGGAAGUCCUCUAUCCGUCUCUCAAAGAGAUUACCACCAAGUAUCCAGAGUGGCUGGAAACCAACAAGUCGAGCUUAAGUGCUGAGGACCACCAGCGUUACCAGCAGCAGGCUAAGAUCAUGGGAGACAUCUGUCAGCUCUUUGAGAAGGAGGAGGAGGAGGCGGCGGAUAAAGAGCGAACGUUCGAGUGCAUCAUGGAUCUGAUGCAAAAGCUGCAGGAUCUAGGCCAGCCACCUAAGGAGUUGGCAGGAGAUGCGCCUCCCGGCUUCAACUUUGACAUGGACUCCCUCAACCUCCCAGGUGUGGGCGGGGCCGGAGCGGCGGAGCAGUGCUCCGUCAUGUGACGAGGUGGCGUUGUGGUCCAUCAGAAGAUCUGACGCCAAACGGGUCGCCCUGUGUGUUUUAGCAGCAGGGGGGGGAGGAGACUUUAGAGAGUGAGACACGGUUCAGGAAGGAGUGUGACGAGACCGCAGACGCUAUUCAUGGAGGAGGUGUUUGGAAACAACAGGCGGUGCUGCCAAAACCAAAAGGAAAUAAAAAAAAUCACACCUUCUAACGCCUUUAAAAGAUAUUUGCAAUAGUUGGUUAUUGGUUUCAGAAAGCCUCCCCCCCACUACUAAUUUUAACAGGAUCUCCUGACAACGAUGAUCUCCAUGAUAAUUUUACCCACCGUUGGGCCUCCUGGUUCAUCAUCCUGGUCAAGGUUUAAACGGUGCCUUUUCACGGGGAGCUUUUUUUUUUUAAAUCUUAGAAAAUAAAGACUCUGCUGCUGCUCAGCUGACUAAUUCCGUUUUAAUGACGUGAUAAAAGUUGUGAAGAUGGAUCAUUAAUAGUUUGGACAAACCAAAUUGUUGUUAGAAACCUAGCAUUUGCACAAUAUCGGGAUAAAUAUAAAGCCGCGAGGAGGCUUACGAUCCAUUCCCCUACUGUUAUGCCCCAUCCCCAGGUGUUAAUUUGAAGUGAUGGACCUGAUUCCCGGAUGCCUCUGCUGUGGUUACGCUGAUCAUUAUAGUGUUGAAUUACUGUGCAAAGUGCUUCCUGUGUGAUUCUUAGUGUGUUUUUUUUUUUUUUUUUUUAAUAUGCAGUGAUGGAGCAGGGUAAAAACAAAAACGCCCAGAGUGAGAUUUUAGAGCGUUAAUCACGUGAACGGAUUAUGCCCUUUGUGUCCUUUCCAGAAAUGUGAGAGGCCGUAUUCGUAAACAUCGUAUUGUGCCACACGAGGACAGAAACGCGUGUUCACACUCAGAUGGACUGUUUGGUAACACAUCGACACCCUGAUGUUUGCAAACUUUUGGCUCCGGCUACUGGGCUUGUUUAUUCCAGCCUACACAUUUCAUCGGUGGACAAAGGCUUUCCUCUGUAAUAAUAGAGAGGGGUCCAGAAAUAACAUGGCCGUCGGCCCGUCUGUGACUGCACAAUAAAAGGGUCCUGUCAAAGGAUUUAAGCUAUGCACUGAGCAGAGAUCAGACGUGCAUCAGAAGCAGCUGGACGAGAAGCUGCCCUGGACGUUUGGUCACAUGGUGGGGUUUACGCUAAUUAGCUCUCAGGGCUAACCCUGAGAAUAAAUGGCAUACAACCUGGUAUGACACUAUUGUGUUUUGUAAAUGUAAUUAUUAAAACAUUGAUAUGUGUAUAGAAAUA